CGUUGUUUACGGGUCGAGCGGCCCUUGCUCCUGCCGCCCGCUACCCGCCAGCUUAGGUCCCCGUCUGUCCUUCUGUCCGCGUGUCUGUUUGUUCAGGCGUCCGCAGAUCGUGGCCCAGAGUGUUCGGGGCCAAGAGCCAAGAGGCCCAGGGGGCAGCGCGGGUAUCCGGGCCCUGAGAUCACUGAACGGAGCCCGGGCCUCAGUGGCCUGGGGUUGGGGCCGCGCCGCUGGAUUUGUAGUGGCUGAGGCCGCGCGCCCCUCUGGGGGGACUAAAUCAAGGGCCCUCACCCGGCGGGAUCCGCGGGCCGUGGGCUGCCGGUGUGGAAGAGAACUCACGGCGCCUCCCGGGCAGCCACCUCGGAGCAUGACCCCAGCGGUCAGACGCCGCCUGCUCUGAUCCGCCGGGACUCAGCGCUCCUGCAGCCAUGGGCGCUGGGGGCAGACGGGGGACGGCGGCCACGCCGUUGCUUGUGGCGGUGGCUGCGCUGCUGGUGGGCGCCGCGGGCCACCUGUAUCCCGGAGAGGUAUGUCCCGGCAUGGACAUCCGGAACAACCUCACGCGGCUGCAUGAGCUGGCUAACUGCUCGGUCAUCGAAGGACAUUUGCAGAUACUGUUGAUGUUCAAGACAAGGCCCGAGGAUUUCCGAGACCUCAGUUUCCCCAAACUCAUCAUGAUCACUGAUUACUUGCUGCUGUUCCGGGUCUACGGGCUGGAGAGCCUGAAGGACCUGUUCCCCAAUCUCACGGUCAUCCGGGGUUCCCGUCUGUUCUUCAACUACGCGCUGGUCAUCUUUGAGAUGGUUCACCUGAAGGAGCUUGGCCUCUACAGCCUGAUGAACAUCACCCGGGGGGCCGUCCGCAUCGAGAAGAACAAUGAGCUCUGCUACCUGGCCACCAUCGACUGGUCGCGAAUCCUGGAUUCAGUGGAGGAUAAUUACAUUGUGCUGAACAAAGACGACAACGAGGAAUGUGGGGACAUCUGUCCAGGCACUGCGAAGGGCAAGACCAACUGCCCUGCCACGGUCAUUAACGGGCAGUUUGUCGAGCGGUGUUGGACUCACAGCCACUGCCAGAAAGUCUGCCCGACCGUCUGUAAGUCACACGGCUGCACUGCCGAGGGCCUCUGCUGCCAUAGCGAGUGCCUGGGCAACUGCUCCGAGCCCGACGACCCCACCAAGUGUGUGGCCUGCCGCAACUUCUACCUGGAUGGCAGGUGUGUGGAGACCUGUCCGCCUCCAUACUAUCACUUCCAAGACUGGCGCUGUGUGAACUUCAGCUUCUGCCAGGACCUGCACAACACAUGCAAGAACUCGAGGAGGCCAGGCUGCCACCAGUAUGUCAUUCAUAAUAACAAGUGCAUCCCUGAGUGUCCCUCUGGCUACACGAUGAAUUCCAGCAACUUGAUGUGCAGUCCGUGUCUGGGCCCCUGUCCUAAGGUCUGUCACCUCCUAGAAGGCGAGAAGACCAUUGACUCAGUGACGUCUGCCCAGGAGCUCCGAGGCUGCACUGUCAUCAAUGGGAGCCUCAUCAUCAACAUUCGAGGGGGCAACAACCUGGCAGCUGAACUAGAGUCCAACCUUGGCCUCAUUGAAGAAAUUUCAGGGUAUCUGAAAAUCCGCCGCUCCUAUGCUCUUGUGUCACUUUCCUUCUUUCGGAAGUUACGUCUGAUUCGGGGGGAUACCUUGGAAAUCGGGAACUACUCUUUCUAUGCCUUAGACAACCAGAACCUAAGGCAGCUAUGGGACUGGAGCAAGCACAACCUUACCAUCACUCAGGGGAAACUGUUCUUCCACUAUAAUCCCAAACUCUGCUUGUCAGAAAUUCAUAAAAUGGAAGAAGUUUCGGGAACAAAGGGGCGCCAGGAGAGGAAUGACAUCGCCUUGAAGACCAAUGGGGACCAGGCAUCCUGUGAAAAUGAAUUGCUUAAAUUUUCUUACAUUCGGACAACUUUUGACAAGAUCUUGCUCAAGUGGGAGCCAUACUGGCCCCCUGACUUCCGAGACCUUCUGGGGUUCAUGCUCUUCUACAAAGAGGCCCCUUACCAGAAUGUGACGGAGUUCGAUGGGCAGGAUGCAUGUGGAUCCAACAGCUGGACAGUCGUGGACAUCGACCCGCCUGUGAGGUCCAAUGACCCCAAGUCCCAGAGCCACCCCGGGUGGCUCAUGCGGGGCCUCAAGCCCUGGACCCAGUAUGCCAUCUUCGUGAAGACCUUGGUCACCUUUUCUGAUGAGCGUCGCACAUAUGGGGCCAAGAGCGACAUCAUCUAUGUCCAGACGGAUGCCACCAAUCCUUCCGUGCCCCUGGAUCCCAUCUCGGUUUCUAACUCCUCAUCCCAGAUCAUCCUCAAGUGGAAGCCUCCCUCUGACCCCAACGGCAACAUCACACACUACCUGGUUUUCUGGGAGAGGCAGGCAGAGGACAGUGAGCUGUAUGAGUUGGAUUACUGCCUGAAAGGGCUGAAGCUGCCCUCGCGGACCUGGUCCCCACCGUUUGAGUCAGAGGGCUCCCAGAAGCACAACCAGAGCGAGGACGAGGAGUCUGCUGGGGAGUGCUGCUCCUGCCCGAAGACCGAUGCUCAGAUUCUGAAGGAGCUGGAGGAGUCCUCGUUCCGGAAGACAUUUGAGGAUUACCUGCACAAUGUGGUUUUUGUCCCCAGAAAAUCCUCUUCAGGGUCUGAUGCCGAGGACAGUAGGCCAUCGAGGAAACGCAGGGCCCUUGGUGAUGAGGGCAAUGUGACGACGGCCGUGCCCACAGCUCCCGGUUUCCCCAAUACCUCCUCUACCAGUGCACCCACAAACUUGGAGGAGCACCGGCCCUUUGAGAAGGUGGUUAACAAAGAGUCACUGGUCAUCUCUGGCCUGCGCCACUUCACUGGCUAUCGCAUCGAGCUGCAGGCUUGCAACCAAGAUGCCCCCGAGGAAAGAUGCAGUGUGGCAGCCUACGUCAGUGCCAGGACUAUGCCCGAAGCCAAGGCAGAUGACAUUGUUGGCCCCGUGACCCAUGAAAUCGAGAGCAAUGGCGUUCAUCUGAUGUGGCAGGAGCCCAAGCAGCCCAACGGUCUGAUCGUGCUAUAUGAAGUAAGUUACAGGAGAUACGGCGAUGAGGAGCUGCACCAGUGUGUCUCCCGCAGGAAUUUUGCUCUGGAGCGGGGCUGCAGGCUGCGUGGGCUGCUGCCGGGGAAUUACAGUGUGCGAGUACGGGCCACCUCCCUGGCGGGCAAUGGCUCCUGGACGGAAACCACCUAUUUUUACGUGACAGACUAUGUAGUCCCCUCACCAGAUAUUGCAAAAAUUAUCAUUGGCCCCCUCAUCUUUGUCUUCCUCUUCAGUGUUGUGAUUGGGAGUAUUUACCUGUUCCUGAGAAAGAGGCAGCCAGAUGGGCCGCUGGGACCGCUAUAUGCUUCUUCAAACCCUGAGUACCUCAGUGCCAGUGAUGUGUUCCCAUGUUCUGUUUAUGUGCCGGACGAAUGGGAGGUGCCUCGGGAGAAGAUUACCCUGUUACGGGAGCUGGGGCAGGGCUCCUUCGGCAUGGUGUACGAGGGCAACGCCAGGGACAUCAUCAAGGGCGAGGCAGAGACCCGAGUGGCGGUGAAGACAGUCAACGAGUCAGCCAGCCUGCGGGAGCGGAUCGAGUUUCUCAACGAGGCCUCAGUAAUGAAAGGCUUCACCUGCCAUCAUGUGGUCCGUCUCCUGGGGGUGGUGUCCAAGGGCCAGCCGACGCUGGUGGUGAUGGAGUUGAUGGCUCAUGGAGACCUGAAGAGCUACCUCCGUUCCCUGCGGCCUGAGGCUGAGAAUAAUCCCGGCCGCCCUCCCCCCACCCUGCAUGAGAUGAUUCAGAUGGCAGCUGAGAUUGCAGACGGGAUGGCCUACCUGAAUGCGAAGAAGUUUGUGCACCGGGACCUUGCAGCUCGAAACUGCAUGGUCGCCCAUGAUUUCACUGUCAAAAUUGGAGACUUUGGGAUGACCAGAGACAUCUAUGAAACGGACUAUUACCGGAAAGGCGGCAAAGGCCUACUCCCCGUGCGGUGGAUGUCGCCAGAGUCCCUGAAAGACGGGGUCUUCACCACCUCCUCUGACAUGUGGUCCUUUGGUGUGGUCCUCUGGGAAAUCACCAGCUUGGCAGAACAGCCAUACCAAGGCCUCUCCAAUGAGCAGGUGUUGAAAUUUGUCAUGGAUGGAGGACAUCUGGAUCAGCCUGACAAUUGUCCAGAUAGACUCAGCGAACUGAUGCGCAUGUGUUGGCAGUUCAACCCCAAGAUGAGGCCGACCUUCCUAGAGAUCGUUGACCUGCUUAAGGAUGACCUGCACCCCACCUUUCCAGAAGUUUCCUUCUUUCACAGCGAGGAGAACAAGGCACCUGAGAGCGAGGAAUUGGAGAUGGAGUGUGAGGACAUGGAGAGCGUGCCCCUGGACCGGCCCUCACACUUCCCGAGGGAGGAGGUGGUGGGGUCCCCCCUGGGCCUCAAGCGAAGUUACGAGGAGCACGUCCCCUACACCCACAUGAACGGGGCCAAGAGAAAUGGGCGGGCCCUGACUCUGCCGAGGUCCAGCCCUUCCUAACAGCUUCUGCUUGCGGGAGGGGCUCCCCACUUCACUCUCCUCUGGUUGGAAGGUCUUCAGAAACUCAGGAUUUUCCCAGGACUCUGCCGGUGUCAGUGGAGCGGAGAGAUCAUUGCUCUCUGCGUGUGUUCAUCGCACGACCUCAAACCACCACUGUCCGAUUGCUGGUCUGACCCAUGGCUGGAGAGUCUGGCUGAACGUAGAGGGCGAGGCUACCACGGCUGCUGCCCUUGGCAGCAGCUGCUGGGUCAGGCCAGGAUGUUACUUCUUUCUCCAGUUGAUUGAAAGAAAGCACCUGUUUUUGAAAAAGGACUUUUUGUGGGGAUGGGGGCUGGUGUCUGAGCUACAGUGUAAAACAUAAAAGUUGUUCAUGGAACGAAAGUUUGAAAGAAAGAAAAACAUGCUGUUCCAGUAGAGUUUCAGGCUUUAUGGAGUGAACUUUUGGGAGGUUUUUCUCAUCCAGGCUGAAGAAUUUUUUUUUUCCUUCACAAAAGUAGUUUCUCAAAUUGACCAAUAGCUGCUGCUUUUAUACUUUCCAUAACCUGCAGUCCCGGUGUGUGUGCAUGUGCGUUCAGGGCAGGCAGGGUUGCUGUGUGUGUGUGCGUGCAAAGCACUCGUGCUGAGGUGCAGCUCUGGGGAUCGGCUCGUGAAGAUUCUCCUUUUCCAAGUGUGUGAGCAUCCUGGUUCCCCUCCUUCCUUCUCAUUCACCAGAGACUACGCCCUCAAUAGAGUCUCAUGUGCCCUAGUCUAGCCUCAGGAGUCUUCUGUCCCUUAACUUUGGUGAAAACUAGUUUUCCAGGGGCUGAGGGAGUGGUUUGGAGUGAUAAUGGAUCUUUUAAAGACCAAACAGAACCAGGACAUAAGAAAAAGGGGGGAAAACUGAGAUGAUAAAGAGUUUUGAGAAUACAUUUGUAACACAUUUUAGUUUUAAAAAAUCUCCAAUCCGCCCCAUAAGUUAUUGACUGUUUCCUGGGUUGGGGGCAGGGUUGGUGGGUUGGUUUCCCUGUGUGGGAAUAGGGUGCUAGGCAGGAAGGGCCUCUUUGCUUGGUCUUCAAGGCAUCUGUCUUUCUGGAAAUAAAGCCACAGUUGCUGCUAACCCUUUUGGAUGUGAUGAGGCCGUGCUGAGGGCAUGGACAGUUGGGUUUGAUGGAUGGUUAGGUUUCUGCUUGGGGAAGCUGGCAGCCACCUGGAACUGAGCCCUAUCUUCAAAUACACUUGUGGCUCUUGGAUCUCCUGCUUCCCUCUGUGUACCUCAAGCUCUUCCUCAACUGGGGGUACAUAUCCUCUAGUUAUUCUGCAGACACGACAGAAUCAUAUCCCCAUGUGUGACGGCACAGAUGGACUUAGAGGACACUGAGCAAUAAGAAGUGCGGGCCUCUCUGUCCAUCCCCUGCAACCUCAGGGCAUCCAGCUGUCCUCAGAACUAGCCUCCCAGAAGCUGCUCUGUGCUGUGACCUCAGCUGGGCCAGGUGUGGGGCCUGAGCAGAACUCUCAGGUGCUUACAGUGUUGCAGCCCCAACGAAGUCGAGCCCAGGGGAGAAAACGCCGAGGACCUUCACACUCCCCCAGACUUCUGAACUAGCGUGAAUCCACAGUUUCUUUAUUUGGUGAAAAGAACCACAGCUGCUCAAGUAAAGAACACAGUGAACUUGUUACUUUGGUUCGUGAGAAUCAUCACCCUGAUCACCCCUGAGUGCAUUUCCUCACAGGUUUUUGACGGCUUCCUUCUCUUCUCUUGAGUUGUGGACUCAAGAACAGAUAGAGACUCAGUGCAACCUCCAAACUUUUCAAUUCCUGAUUAACAACACAGGUAGACACAAACACCAAUUGUCUAUUGCUCUCCUAUUUAUAAGAUUUGAGAAAUUAGAGCAUGUAAAAUAUUUCUGGGGAGCCUCCUCGAUUGGGUACAAGGAGCAAGAGUACAGAAAUUAUUUUUACCAAGCUCACUCUGUACAUAGGAGAAGGUCUUUAUGCAAAUUUAAAAAAUACCACAUAGGUCUAGAUAUUUGGUUCUUUUCAUAGUAAAUUUGUAGUGGCUCUAGACUACAGUUGCCAGCAAUUUUCACAUUUUUCUAACUCAGAAAGUUUUUCUUACAUCAGGGGAAAAUAAUUUAUUUUAAUAUAAAAUCACUAAAAAUCAUUUUUCUAAAAAAUGGAGUGCACAUAAGUUUUUAUCAAAGAAAAAUAAACAGGUGAAUGUGGGAUGGUGAUUCUUCUCCAGCAUAGUCUACCUCAGUACUGUUAGGAUGAGGUUCAGUAACGGAUGUCUUCAAGACUUCAGAACUCUGCCAGGAUCUGAUCCGAAUCAGGAAAACUCCGCAUCCACUGAUUCUGGAUGCCAGGGACCAGUCAGAAUUUCAAGGGGGGCAUUUGGGAUGAAGUGUGGCUUUCUGUGAGUAGUAGACCCUUUUUCUAGCAGGUGAUCGUCUUCUCUGAUUUUAAUCUUUGUGAAAUUUUUUUAUUUUAUUUUUUACUUCUCUUCAUUGAUACCAUGCUUCCCAAAUAGGAACUGAGUUUUAGGUCAAUGUUAUGCAUAUGAUUUGUGGGGUGCCCAGGCCUGAGCUGCUCCUCUUUGGAGGGAGUGGUCGCUCAGUCUCCCUCCAAGGAAAAGCAGGCUUUGGUUCAGAGCUGGCCUCCCCCUGUCCCAUUGCAUCCCCUUGAAGUGAGCACCACAGGUGCCCUGGUCACUCUGUGACUUGUCCCCACUACUUUCGGACUGAGACGCUGUGUUAGGGUGAAUCAAAUCACUCUCAUGGGCACCUCACAUGCAAACACCCAGUGCACUGUCUCCUGGGAGGCAUGUCAAGAAAUCCCAACUCCAAACCCACCAGCAUACUGAACGCAUUUUUUAGCAGCAGAACCUUGCACCUCUAUGUUGUGGUUUGGUGAUCUCAAGCCAAUACGGUUGGUUUUACCUUGUGGGGUUAUGAGAGCCCAUGCGUGAGUCUGGACAGGGCCAGCAGGACUGCUGUCCUGUUCACCAAACCCUGCCGCACUUGUCAUACUUUUAGGCACUACCCUGCAGACUCACACGUUUCUGCUUGCCCUGGAGAGGUGUGGUACAGAGGCAGGUCCCCUGUGCAGACAGGACUUCACAGACUUUAUUUAGUUGUCUCUGCUGUUGCAGUGAGAUGAGUGAGUAGCCGUCGGAUCACACACCUCCUUGUGCACCAAGUGAUGGUGACUAUAAUGACAGAACUUCGGUCCUAGGAAGUCGUGGUUGUCCUGGGGGGUUGUAGUGAUGGCUAAAAAGCAACAAAGCCAGCCUAGGUUGACAGUUUUUGUUGUUUGUUUUUAAAGAUGUCACUCUAUUAUGAAACCCUUUUCAGUCAUGUGGUGAAAUCCAUGUAGUUUCUUCUUAUGGGAAGAAUACCAAACAAACCGCUUUCUCCCUGGACCAGUGACGUCAAAUGCACAUCUGGGGACGCUAGUGUUCCAGGAGCUGUCCCAGAUGCAGGGAAAACACUGCAGGCUCUCGAAGAGAUGUUGAGCACAACUGAGAGAGCACAUGGGAACUGAGGCAAGGCUCUGUGCAUGCAGCCCACAGCUGCAGAGACUGCUGCCAGCACACGGAGUGCUCAGGCGUGGAUGGGCUGCCGUGAACUGUGCUGGUUGGGUUGGGAGGUGUCCAUCUACAGUCGUCAGAAUGCCAGUCAGUGAGUGGGCAGGGACAUCGUUUCAGGGCACAGUUCCUGCAGCCGCCUGGGUAAGUGGAUGUGCUGUAGUCCCAUCGUCAAUCAUUUUUCUACUUUGGUGGAAGGUGGUGUUAAAACACUUGUGGAUGCCACUUGGCGAGUCCUCGACACCUCAGGCUAUUCAGAAAUUAUGGUUUUUGUUGGGGGUGAGGAAUGGGGAAAUGAUGAUUGUACAUAAAUGGUGCAUGUAGAAUGGUGUCCUUUCAGAAAACCUUCCAGAAUGUUCUUCAGAAUAUUGAUUUACACCAGAGGUGAGGUUGGGAAUGGAAAGAACUGAUUGGCAUGUGUUCUUUUCAAACAUGCAAAAUAAGUUUCAGGGGCUUCGACUGAAGGCAAAUGUUUCCUUAGGGUCCCCCCAGAAACAGAGGGGACAAUGACUUUUUCCACUUGCUGUCACCUGAUACCCGUCAAGGUCCAGAACCAACCUCCGGCCAGAUUUUUAUUUGGGCGUGGGCCCUAAACAUGCUUGUUAGGAACCAGAUCAUAAAUCUGAGGCUCUUGGUUCCGUGUGAGAAGGAAGGAGUAGUCCCCCAAGCAAGUGUGUGUCCACACGCACACUGAGGAUCGGCCAGGUCCUCCGACCGUGUGUGUCUGGGUGGGGGUGGCCUUGGCCCCGUGUGUCAGCAGCAGACACCUGUGCACCCUCAGCCUUUCAGGAUCGAAUGUGCCUUGGCUUCUGUGGAGAACAACUUGGAAAGACAAAACACACCAGUAGCUCAGUUAUAAUUUUCGAUGUUUUCCUACAAAAGCCAAGUAAUGCCAUAUACAGAACAUGCCUUUUUUUGGGUGAGGGUGGGGGGUUUGAAAUUGUGUUGCAUGUAAAACAUGGGGUAAUUACCUGUUUAUAUGAAAAUUCUGAAUAAAUUAUCUGAGAAGA